CAAAAUGGCCGCUGCGCGUUCGUUUGCUUCGUGUUUGACUCUAUUCGUGUUUAUUACUUAUUUAUAAUUUUAGUCCUUAUAAUAUUAUUUAUAUAAAGCAGAAAAAGAAGAACAAACGUAGAAAUUUUUGCUAGUAAAAUGGAAAGCACAGGCCUCACAAGUUCGCAGGCGGAUUUUCUGAAGCAAUGCGAGGAAGAAUUUAAAGACAGAUAUACUGACAGAGACGAAGCUUUUAUGAAGAUAAAAAAAGCAGAUCCAAAAAAGCCACCAAUUAUUGACCCUUGGCACAACAAACCAAGAAGACCACAGCAUGACUGGAGUCAGAAUUAUGGCCACAAUCGACCAAAUUCUUGGGAUCGUCGUAACGACAGAAACGAACGACACGAGAGAAGCGAAAGAAUCGAUCGACACGCCGGGAAACAUCAUCUUUAUCAGCGUCAUUCGAGACCGUAUUAAUUCAAUUCUUAGGAAUUAUAAUUUUCAAUUUUUACUCUUCGUAUUCCUUUGUUAGCUGUCUCGUAUUUUUAUUAUUGCUUUUGAUCGUCCACUUUUCUGUCUUUUGAAUCGUUACUAAAGUCGGGGCCUCUCACUUCUUUUGAUUACAUCUUGCUCAAAAAAAUCUCUGAAUUGUUUUAAAAAAACAACGAAUUCGGCGGUAGGAAAAAUAAAAUUAACUGAUUUUUUUUUAACAUUCUUGAAUGUAAUGCAUUUUCCCAAAAUUUUAAUAUAUUCCAUCAUUCACUUUUGACGGGGAUUUCUUUACAAAUACUUUAUCUUGAAAACGAUGAUCGUGUCACACUCAUUCUAAUGAUAAAUUAUUUGUGAAUAAAUAUAUGUAAGGAGUAAAUUGAAAGAAUAUUUAUACUUUUUUUUAGAUAUUUUUUUCUCAACUAUUGGCAUAAUUUUUUCAGGAUAAAAGCGUUCAUAUCGUUGAAUUUGAAAGACUCGGAAGAAUAUAUAUAUUAAGCUUUCAGAUGAUUUUGAUUAAGCAAUUCGGAGAUAUUUUUGAGCGAGUAGAAAAUCAAAAAAAGUGAGGGGCUUCAACUUUUGGCCCCGACUUUAGGAUUAAAAUCGACCUUUGUCUCACUUUUAUAUUUUGUGAUUCAUUCAUGGGGUUUUAACUCAUGGAUUUGACUAAGAUUUUGACUAUAAUUAUUAAUUAUUGUAAUUUCGAAUAAUUCACGAACUGUCUCAUAUUUCGGUUUGUGGAACAACAAUUGUAUAUGAUAAUGAAUGUAUUUUGUAAAAUAGGGUAAUAAAUUACUUUGUUUCC